AUGGCAAAUUUGAGACGUAAUAAUGAAAUUGUCUUAGCAACAGCUUCCUCAGGCAUAACUGCUACAUUAUUACCUGGUGGUAGAACUGCACACUCUUGGUUUGAGAUCCCCAUUGAUAUAGAGCCCCUUUCUAUUCGCAAAAUAGUAAAGAAUUAUGACCUUGCAAAACUCAUUAGAAUAACCAAUGCAAUCAUUUGGGAUGAAGCACCCAUGAUAUAUAGAUAUUGUGUAGAAACAUUGGAUCGAUCACUGCAAGACAUCAUGAAUAACAAUGCUCCAUUUGGUGGAAAAAUAAUGAUCUUGGGAGGAGAUUUUCGUCAGGUGCUUCCUGUUAUUGAAAAAGGAAAUAGAGGACAAAUGAUUUCAGCAUGUAUUGUUAGGUCUCGAUCAUGGGCCACCACAAAGGUCCUACAUUUGCGCCAAAAUAUGCGAUCAAUUCAUGACCAAAACUUUGUGCAAUUUCUAAUAAGGAUUGGAAAUGGUAAUGAAUCUACUAAAGAGGAUGACAUGGUCAGGAUGCAUGCUAAAAUUGUAAUACCAUGGGAAGGAGAAAGCAUCAUACAAAAGCUUAUACAACAUACAUUUCCCCAAUUAGAAAACCAUGGAUGGGAUGCUUCAUAUAUGGUGGAGAGAGCGAUACUUACUCCAAAAAGUUGUGAUGUGCAUAUGUUGAAUGACAUGAUUAUUAAUAAAUUUCCUGGAGAUGAACAUAUUUUGCUAUCUUUUGAUGAGGUUGAGGGCGAUACUCAUAAUCUAUAUCAACAGAAAUACUUGCACACAACUGCUCCUAGUGCCUUACCGCCACAAUUGAUAUUUUUUAUUUAA